AUGAAUGCGAAAGAUUUGCAUCCGCGGAUGUUGAUAUAUCUUCAGCAAUCCGGUCUUUUUCCUGCCAUAUUUGUAUGUGGUUUCAAGGUGUACUUGGCGUUGAUCCAGGUUCUGAUCGAACAUUGGCGGCCCAAGACGCACACCAUCCAUUUCCCGAGUGGUGAAACAAUGAUUACUUUGGAAGACGUCGCUUACCAACUCGGUGUUCCUAUGAAUGGAGCUCAUGUGGUGAGGCAGAACAAUUACGAGCCCAAGACGUUGGUCUAUGAAGUUUUGGGAAAGGUGUCACUAUCCGAAUGCAUCGAUGGUUAUCGGGUACGGAUGACGUGGUUGGAGUCUGAAUUCCAAGUGACCAACGACGAGGUUAUUUUUGUGUCCCGAACAUAUCUUCUUCGACUGAUCGGAGGGAUAUUAUUACCGAAUAAGUCUGGUAAUUUUGCACACACUUAG